AAUUAAAUGCACCAAGUGUCUCGCUCAAAAACCUUACAAGAAAACAAUCUUCUUCCUUCCUCGUUCGCUGUAACGUUAGCGGCCACCCGAAACCUCGAAUUACCUGGAAGAAAGAUGGCGAAAUGCUGAAAGUGCGAGAUUCUGUUCAAGGAACAGAUGAUUGUAAAAGCAGGUUAGAAGGUAUCUACAUGUUGCCAAAUGAGGACAAAGAUCAUGCCACUGUAUUGGUCAUCUGUAGGGCAGAUUACAGAAAGCAUUUAGGACAAUUUUCUUGUACAGCCCGCAACAGACUCGGAAAUGAUACGGCUAAGGCCUUUGUAGACAUACUUG